ACUCUAGCUUUUGCUCCAAACACUGGUGCUUAGUGUGACAUUUAGGUAAUCCUGCUGAAGAAGAUGGCAAUCUUUUCAGCAGCACUGGCUCUGAUUCUGGUCAACCUGCUAAAGGCACAAGGCACACCUGUUCCCCCUGUGCUUGAGGAAACGAGUGUGGAGCAAAGCAGUGAUCUCAACAUGCAACCAAGCAGCAAGAUCCCUGUGGAAUACAGUAGAGACCCAUACAAAGAGGAAGGCGUGGAGAAAACUGGGAACACUGGAGUACAAGAGUGUGAACAGGCCACAUGGGAGAUAAGUGGAGAGCCAAGUACUGAAACCACCCCUAACUCAAGUGUGGAGUCAAACAAAGAACAAACUCAGAAACCAACCACUGAAGUAUCAGAAUAAACUGCAGCAUUAUAUCCCAAUGGAAAAGCAAUGGCCACUCUUACCUGCAGAGCUGCUAUCACCACUAAAGAGCAUACAAAUAGUGCCUGCAGCAAACUGGAUGGAAGGGCAGAAUUCACUGCAGCUCACUGUGAAACUACAACUUGUAGGAAAAUAGCCUAGAAAUGCUGUCUAAUUCUUGCUUACUUCAACAGUUUAACUAGAUCACAGAUAGCCUGUGCUGUUUUUGCUUGCAUAAUAAUGUAAAAUAAAAAAUGUCACUGCAAAUAUA